GAAGGAGGAGAGAACAAAUUGGUAGACGAGGAAGUCAACCCUCUCACAGAAUUUCUGCCAGAGUUGAUCUGCAAAGCAAAAACAGAAGUUGAGAAAGAAGAUGUUGGAAGUGAGCCAGGAACGACUUUGCAAUGGAAAGGAAGAGGAAAAAAAAAUCAAGGACAGAGGAGCGUGAAGUACGGAGAAAGUCAACAACCAUAUCAACGGAGAAAAAAGGCAGGGAGGAAAGGGCUGAAAGCAGACAGAAGUAAUCAGUGCUGAUGGAUUAGAAGUAAUGGAAAGGCCAAGUGACAGGGAAUGAGAGAGGGGCUAAUGGGUGAUGUUGAAGACCAGAUGAUGAUUGGAGAGUGGAACUCAGCACAGAGAGAUCAGAAAGCAGUUCUUGGUGAAUACCACGUCAAAUCAGUUUUGACUCACUUUGAUUGGCAUGGCGAACUGACUUGCUACACAGAGAGAAAAAUAAGUCUAUUUUGCUCCUGGUUGCCUGUCCCCUGUGCUCCAAAAACUACUACUUAUACAAUAAUUUUAAAGUGGGAUAAAAUCCUGAGAUGUUUUGAAAGAACUACAACAUCAACGUCCAUCACAAUAGAACGAAAAUUCCUUUACAUGAAUCGUGCUGUAAUUAUUUGGGUAUCAGCAAAUUACUCCCAUGAGAGCUAUGUGAAAACAAAGAACAUCUCCAUUAUACCCAGCAAGGCAGAGAAGUGUGCUAUACACUCCAUACGUGCUCACCAGUUAUCAAACAGAUUAAUAAUUAAGUGGGAUGCACCAAAAAAGUCUAUGCAAUAUGAACUGCAAUAUAAAGAAGCACGUCCAGCAGCCUCACAAUGGAUAUUGGUGCCCACAGCAAAUGAUGCUGUCAAUGUGACUAUCUCCAAUUUAAACAGUACAUCUUCAUAUGUUAUUCAGCUCAGAUGCAUACCCAGUGAGGAUCACCACUGCGUUUGUGUUUGGAGUAAAGAGAUUUUAGUCCCUCAUAAGCUGAUUGACAAGCCAACAAUUUCAGCUAAUGAAACCAUAGAAAUCAAUCCAGGAAGAAUAAGUAUUUUUCUUCAGUGGCAGAUAACACAAAGCAGGAAUGUCAUUGGAUACUAUAUUAAUAUUGAAAGAAUACCCAACAGUUGCAAUGAUCGAUUCGAACGCAUCAACGUAACGGAGAGAAGAGUGCAUCUGAAUCUCUCCAUGGCUUAUUAUCGGUUUAAUAUUUCUGCCUAUAAUGAAGCAGGAGAAUCUCCACAGAUCACUUAUGUUGUCCCAGAUUUCACCGCAACAGUUUUGCCUGGACAAAUCACUGCCAUACCACAGGAAAACAACACUGUUGUCACCUGGACUCCAGAAUAUAUUCCAAAGUGUUUUGUGGUUGAUUGGGGCACUGGUAAAGAAGAUAUGCACAUGAAAAUAAUAACUAAGCCCAUGGGAAAUUUCACACUAGACCAUUUACAACCAUACAAAUUGUACAAAAUAAUGGUGCAUGCAUCUGACAUAUGUGAAUGUGAAAGUUUCAUGAGACAUGAGAGGACAUUUGGAGUGACCCACUUCUACUCAGUUCAAGGAGUUCCUAGGACAGGUCCAGCUACUGUGAAAAUUUCAAAUAUCAUGAAGUAUUCCGCUAUUGUGAAAUGGACUGAAGUACCUGCAGAAGACUGUUUGGGCUUCCUCCAGGGAUACAGAAUCAACUACACAGACACAAUGAAGAAUCUCUCUCUGGCUGUUGCUGUCAAUUCUUCUACCACCUGCUACCUGUUAACAGGACUUAAAGAAAAAACUGCCUAUAAAGUACAGAUUUCAGGAGUCACCACUGCAGGAGAAGGAGCCCAAAGUCGUUCACAGUUUUUCACUACUCUGAAAUAUGAUAAAGGGGAAUUUGAAGGUAUUGUUGCUGCCCUUUGUCUUGGCAUCACAUCCACCAUGUUUUUUCUACCCAUCAUUUGUUCAUUGAUGCUUAGAAGGUCAAGAAAAUUGUGCUGGCCAACUGUCCCAGAUCCAAGAAACAGCAGCGCUAUCCAAGAUGUGGCAAGAAUCAUUCCACGGGCUAGCCAGGGACCCACUUCAAGGCUAUUGCUUCAAACACAAACAGACAAUGAUACUACCAGCCUUCAUGUGAUAGAAGAGGAUUCAAAGGCUUCUUUGAAGCUGCAGCCCUUUAUUGAGGACACAGAAGACAACAGUGAGUGUGAUGCAGGCCAAUCUGAAAGUGCUGGUGGUAGCCCAGACACCUGUCCAAGUCUUUCGAAAAUCCCUGAAAAAGCAAUUGCAACCGAAAAAGAAAGAGUCAGCUCUAGCAUGAGGGCACCUCUCCUGAGUGAUUACACCAGCAUGGAAUUCAGUCAGAAAGCCAUGCUAAGUCUGGCACUGAAUCUCCUUCCACGGGCUGUCCAGCCUCACAUGGAGGGGAAACUGAACAACAGGCCAGGAAAAGUGGAGCAAUGCACACUGUUUACACCUCAAGACUAUGUGAAACAGAGCCAGGUGGUGUUUACACCAACUGGACCAACACUGAUGGAAGAAACCAGUUUGAGCUGAGGUCUCUCAAUGCCUCCCCAUGACAUAGAAGCAAGCCCCAAAACCUUUGAUGCUUGAUUGGAGCAGUUACAAUAUUUUAGGAUGGUGAUUCUGUGAAUGUUGAUUCUUCUUUGCUUUAAUAAGUUUCACAGAUAAAGUAGUUUGUGUGUAUAGUUACAUUAGCCAUUUCAGGCCCUUGCUCUUACCACAAAUCAUACUCAACUAAGUUUUGCAGUCAUGACAUGGACAAAGCUCCAGUUUGGGUCCACCAAAGAUUUCCAGCUGGAUAUGGCUCCUUGCUACUUUGAGUCUGAUAAUUUGUCAGUGUUACUGUAGUAAAUGCAAUGUGGUCUAGUGACUCAACUGCAGCACUGGUAGACAAGAACCCUUGAUUCUAGUCCCAGCCUUGUUAUUUGUUUGCUGUAAGCAAGUCAAAAUCUCCAAAAGUGGUGUUUAAUUUUGGAUGACCAAUUUGAGACAACGAAGAUCCGAUUUUCAGAGCUGGUUAACAAAGCCCUUCAAUCUGUUGGAAAGGAAUCCAACCAACUUGUCUGUCUUUUGCAUUUUGGGGCAGUGUGGCAACUUUCUCAACAAGCUUCCUGUUCAUUCCUUCCAAGGGAUGUUCCUGAUCAGCUUGUGUGUUUGGCCAUUGAGAAGGGUACAGGAAAUCCUCAAAAGCGGGAGAGCAAGUUUUCAGCCAUAUCACACUGGGCUCUGAUAGUCUUGGCUCUCACAAGCCAGGCACAGAAUUUGCUCAGUAUAUGGAUAAGACAUCUUCAAUGAAAACCUAAGUGGUUACUGUAAGUGAUGUUAACGAGCCAGACUCUUUGAGUCAAUGAUAUAUCAACCCCCAAGGCAGAUGUUUCGCUGAUAGAGGUGGCAUCUUUAGGAUGAGAAGAAAAACAAGCCCUCGUGGCCACUGGAGACCCUGUGACACUUUCUGCAAGAGUGGGAGUAUUUGCUAGACAACCUAGCCAAACUCAGAGGAGGAGGAAAUGAUUCCCCUGAGUUCAGCACUUCACAUUGAUAAAGCACCUUACAUCCUGAAGUAGUGGUGCUAUUAUGGGUGUGUCCCCCCUUUUGACCCAAGCAGCAAAUCCAAGUUCAAGGCCCUGUGGGUUGUUUCCACUAGGAAGUGAAAAUAAAAUAGAGGCAGGUAUUUCUUUGAUGCAAUCCUGUUUAUGUAUACAGAAUGUACAAAGUCCAGUUUCCCUGAACAAAGGAAGAAACAACAACAGAAAACAGCAUCCUUUCUUUCAGCCCAUAACCCCAACCCAAAACACCUCUGUAGCUUCUUCCAGGGCCACCCCAUGCUAUGUCUCUCUCUGUCCUGAGUUUGUUUACUUACUCACACACACAUCACAGUCCUUCCACCUAGAUUGUAUGUUCCUGAGCUGACUUGCUUGUUCCUUUGUUUUGAGCUUAUUUAACUGUCUUUUACAGUUCUCUUAAGUGAAGGGUGGUAGUUAAACCUGCAACAGGCGCUAUGAUUUCCAGCUUUAUAUAAAAUGGUUACUCACCUUCUUGUAACUGUUGUUCUUAGAGAACAUGUCCAUUCCAAUCAGGUGCGUAUGUGCCGCAGGCAUGACAAGAUUUUUCCCCUAGCAGUAUCUGUAGGGUCAGCCUGGGUGUCCCCUAGAGUUGCACAUUCAUGGCGCCCAAUAUAGGGCCCUGCUGACCAGACCCCCGCUCAGUUACUUUAUGCUGGGUACUCUGUCAGAGGGGUAGGAGGGUGGGUAUUGGAAUGGACGUGAACAACAUCUCAAAGAACAACAGUUAUGAGAAGGUGAGUAACAGUUUUUUCUUCUUCGAGUGCUUGUUCAUGUCAAUUCCAAUCAGGUGAAUCACAAGCCCAAAUUCAGAUGGCGGGGUUGGAGUUGUGCACUGAUUGGAGUACCGCUCUACCGAAGGCCCCAUUGUCUCUGGCCUGCUGGGUAAUAGCAUAAAGUGUGUAUCAUGUCAUUGCCCAGCAUAUUUCCUGGGUAGGAACCUGAGCCAGGAAAGCCACUGAACAGGCCUGCACCCUGGUGGAGGGCACAGUGAUUGGAUGGGCAGGCACUCCUGCCAGGUUGUAGCACUCUCAGAUGCAGGACGUGAUCCAUGACAAAAUUCAUUGAGAAGAGACUGGAAGACCCUUCAUUCUGUCUGCCACAAAUUGUUGAACGGACUUCCGGAAUGGUUUUGUUCUUUUGACGUAAAGGGCUAGCACUCUGGAGACAUCCAAAUAAUGAAGCCUUUGCUCCCUGCUACUCAAGUGCACCAUAGGAUAGAACACUGGAAGGAAGAUGUUCUGGUUGAUGUGAAACUGGGAAACAACCUUUGGUGGGAAAGCUGGAUGUGGCCUGAGCUGAACCUUGUCCUUGUAGAACAUGGUAUAAGAGGGCUCUCAUGUUAGGGCCUUGAGCUCAGAUACCCUCCUGGCUGAGAUUAUCACUACCAGAAACGCCACCUUGUACGAGAGGUAGAGGAGGGAGCAUGUCGCUAGCAGUUCAAAAGGUGGUACCAUCAGUCUGGAAAGGAUCAGGUUGAGGUCCCAGGCCGGGACUGGCUGCCUGACUUGCAGAUAGAGUCUGUCUAGACCUUUGAGGAAUCAACUGACCAUAGGGUUGACAAAGAUUGACCGGCCCUCUGAGCCUGGAUGGAAGGCAGAGAUGGCGGCCAAGUGAACCCUUACUGAUGACAUGGACAGCCCCUGCUGCUUGAGAUGGAGGAGAUAGUCUAAUAUGAGUGGCAUGGAGGCGAGCAUUGGGAUGAAUGGUGCUGCGCCGACCAGAUUGAAAAUCUCUUCCACUUGGCAAGGUAGGUAGCUCUGGUGGAAGGUUUCCUACUGCCAAGGAGGACUUGUCUAACCAGGUCUGAGCAAGAGAGCUCUGUCCGGUUAACAGAUUGAAUGGAAGGACUGUGAACUGGUAGUGGGUGUCAUUCACCACAAACCUGAGGUAUUUUCUGUGGGACAGAGUUAUUGCUAUGUGAAAGUAUGUGUCCUUCAAGACAAGGGCAGCAUACCAGUCUCCUGGAUCCAAUGAAGGGAUGAUGGAGGCCAAAGAGACCAUGCGGAACUUGAGCUUCUUCACGAACUUGUUGAGCCCUCUCAGGUCUAGGAUGGGCCUGAGCCCGCCUUUGGCUUUCGGUAUUAGGAAAUAAGCUUCUCAUGGCCAUCCCUGUAGUCAUGGUCCGGGCAGCCGCAUCAGCACAGUCAAAAGCUGCCUACAAGGAGGCCCUAGAAAUGAGUUUGCCUUCCUCCACCAAGGCAUUAAAUUGGGAGCAGGAGUCUGGUGGUAAUUUCGUGGCAAACUUGACCAAUGCUCUGCAGGUGUUAAAGAAGUACCUACUAAUGAUGGCCUGCUGGUUUGAAAUGCGGAGCUGCAAACCACCGGUGGCGUAGACUUUUCCCCCGAACAAGUCCACCUUUUUCGCCUCCUGAUUUUUAGGGGAGGAUUCCUGAAACCCCCGAUACUCCCUGUGCAGCAUCCACCACCAAAGAGUCAGGCAGAGGAGGAGUAUAGAGAUGCUCGCAUCUCUUUGAGGGGACGAAAUAGCAUCUCUCAUUUCUCUUAGCUGUAGGGGGCAAAGAGGCCGAAGUCUGCCACAAAGCUUUUGUGGUCUCAUUUAUAGUUUUGAUUAAUGGCAGUGCAAUACGUGAGGGCCUAGAGGGGGCGAGGAUGUCCACCAUGGGAUCAGCAUCCUCUUCCAGUUCCUCUGCCUAGAUCCCCGGGUUCUGGGCCACCCUGUGCAGCAACUGUUGCAGGACCCUGUUAUCCUCCAAGGCUGGUGCUAUCAAAGUGCCCGCAACUGCCUCAUCUGAGGAGGAUGAGAGCACCAGGAUAUGACCUUGGUCACUUUCCUCAGCACCAAGAGGGUCAUGUUGAUUAUUGGGCUGCUGGUGCUGAAGAGGUCAGUAUCAAGGAGGUCACUGGUGCUGGGAUGGUUACCAGCGCCGGGGCUUGAGCAGCAGGCGGAGGUAUCAGCAUUGUCUCCAGUGCCAGCUGCUGUGACACGACCUGUGCCGACCUGGAUCUUGACACCUGGCUCUGACCCUGGGCUUGAUGAUAGGCCCAGGGAGUCCAAAAGGGCCACUGAGCUGGUGGUUGCCAUUGAGGUGGCCACGCCACCGAGAUCUAGACCUCCUGCUGCUUGACCUAUGUGAAUGAUAGGACUCUGCCUCAGACUCCGAGGUCUCCAAAAAGGAAGACCACGGAGGAGUGAUACUGGGUGGUGCCCAUGAGCAGCACCAAGCCUCUUGGGAUUGGUGCAGUCCUCACACAUGGGCAGCCUGCACUGGGAAGUGGCACAGCAGAGAUGGGGCAUGGUGUGUCAUCAUCUCCGGCUUGCCCCUAAAUGGGAUAGGAGGCCAGAUUAUGACUGGUGACUCAGCCCUCCUUGGAGAAGGCGGUGCAAUCAGGCGAAUAAGGUCCUGCACCGCCUCAAAAGUCUCUGGAGUGGAGGGGAGUUGAAUGUGCUGGCCAUGGCAGUCUGGAGAACAGUAGUGGGCCAGACUCGACUGGACCCCUUGCUGGGCAGAAGUUGACAAGUUUCAGGGAGGUGCCGGGCCCAACAUAGGCUGCAUGGACUGAGGCCUCCCUGCCGCUAGCUCCUUAGGCUUAGGAGAGGGAGAGCGUCCCCUCUCCUGCCUCUUUUUCUUCUGGGGCACCGGGGACAAAGAUUGGCGCCUGCCAGAAGAUUGGUGCCUGCUUAUGUUUGGCACUGUGUUGGUGCCGGGAGUCUUUAGCCUCCUUUCUUGGUGCCGGUGCACUGCACACAGAGGAUGCGGUGCUUGGCAAGGGCUCCACCAACCAGGGGUCAGACUGUGGGAGGAGGGCACCCUCCAUGAGAAUUCUGAGUCUCUCCUCGCAAUCCUUGAGGCUCCUUGGCUGAAACCCCUUAAAAAUGCGGCACUUGUCCUUUUGGUGACUCUUGCCAAGGCACUUCAAACAAGAAGUGUGCGGGUCACUCUUUGGCAUCAAUUUACCACAAACUUCACAUGAUUUGAACUCUGGCAACGGACACAUGCCCCAGUGUUGGGGAAGCUUUCAGAAGUAAGAGUGACAGAAGUUCCAACUAGCCGUCACCAGCGGUAAGAAGGAACUGGGGGGGGCAGGAGGGGGGGGACAGGUUGGCAGGGCCCUAUACUGGGCACCAUGAAGGUGUGACUCUAGGGGGCACCCAGGCCGACCCUACAGAUACUGCUAGGGGAAAAAUCUUCCGGCUGUUGUGCAAAUGGUGUGUGCACACCUGAUUGGAAUUGACAAGUACUCGAAGAAGAAACAUCUUUACUACUUCUUCAAGAAUUUAAAACACAUAUGAAAAUGCAUCUGGUCUGCUUCUACAUCUAUAGAAGGAGUUAGUGGGGAUGCAGGGGAGGAAAUGUCUUCUCUCAUCAUGUUGGAGAAUCAAGAUUAAAAAAAUUAAAAAGUCUUUCACAGAUUUAUGAAAUCAUGCAUAGAGUUCAUCUCCAUCAUGAAAUCACUGGGCUUACAUCAUCCUGGUCUGGAAAAAUGUUUUCCUAUGAGACGAGGCCAGAGAGAGGGAACCAAGUAACAUCACUACCUCAACUAGCACUGGCUCAAUCCUAAACACCACCUGGAUGCAAGACUCCAGUCACCUCCUCCUUUUUGUGUCUGUUUCCUUCACUGUCUUAUGUUUUUUCCUUUCCUAUUUUUCUCCUUUUGCCUUCUGUCUAAUAAGGAUAUGCCUUAGCCAGUCAAGACUGCAUCUUUUGUAACAUUACUGUGAACCCUGUGACCAGAAAGCCAGCCAAAAGCCUUAACCUGCUGUACCAGUGUUAGGUUUGCCAGGUCUCAGAGUGCAAAAUGACGUGCUGACUCAUGUGUCUCUAGCAGUGAGGUUGCAAGUAAAAAUCAGCACCAGAGAUAGAAACUAUACUUUUUCUGUAUCUUUAAUAAAAGGUUUAAAAAAAUAAUGGUGUGUUUGCAAUAUGACUAAGCAGGCCAAAGCCGUUGUACUCAAACCCCGAACCGUGUUUAACUGUUUAGUGUUCUACAGUGACACGGUCAUGUUUGACUCUAUGGGACUCUACUUAUUCCAUUUAAAUUAACACAACAGCACGCGAAGAACAACAGUUGCCUAAGUCUCACUCUCUGAAAGGGAGAAGCAAAAUAUAUAUGAAGCCAGAAAAGUAAACUGUAAGAGUUUCAUGGACUAAAGUAAUUAUCACUAUGCUGAUUACUCAUCUCUACAUCAGGCUUGAAUAGGACUGUGUUUUCUUGCUUAACAAGCUCCUUGUAGCGGAUAGGGUCCUAGAUGGACUCUAGCUAGCAGAGGUGAUCUAGAGGCUAACAUUUGGAGGAAUUGGCAAUUAGUGAUCACAUGCACUUUCAAGUGAGGGCAUUUGGCUGCAGAUUGUCAAAGUGAUUUACAGCCUUAAGUCCUUGAUGAACUAAUCUUUGUUUUUGGAUACCCAGACACAAAUGACCAAAACCACAUUCUUUCAUCUUAGAGAUUGUACACCUUUCCUUCAUGCGCAGACCUAGCUACAUUUAUCCAUGCUUUCAUUUUACUUUAAGGCCAGACUACAACAGCUCUCUAUCUGGCUCCCUCAAAGACCAUGUGGCAUUCAGCUAGUGAGAAACCUGGCUGCUCAGCUUUGGUAUAUGGUAUUUUGGCAAGAUGUUAACACACCAAGUUUUGGUACUCUAUGCUGGCUACCAGUUCACAUCUGCGUGAAAUUCUAGAUAUUAGUUACAGUCUAUAAAUCCCAGAAUGGUCUAGGCUUUGUUUAUCUCGAAGACCACCUCUCACUCAGCUCUACCAUGGCAUCUGUACUUGAAGAAAUACUUCAGCUGUCUUCAUAAAGGAGGUAUGGGGACUGGAAGAAAGGUGCACUUUGUAUUGGUCCCUCACCUCUGGAACAUGGGCCUAUUGGAAGUCACUCUGAAUCCAAACCAGUCAUAGCUAGAAAGCUCUUCAAAAUGCACUGCCUUGUUUAAAGCUUCUACAAGUGCCAGACAUUAGUUUCCAAGCUUGUGUUACCCUAUUUUAUGCAGUUGGUUUGCCUAGCUUGGGCUUCGUGGCAUUGAUAUUGGCAUCCUACUUUGGGGAAGUAUAUUUCUUUUGUCUAAAUUAUGUUAACUGUGCUCUAGUACUGUGGCAAUGAGCACAUUAUGAAGGCAUGUAACAAUAAUAUUCUGGACUGUUCACGGCAGGGUUUCAGAAUACAGUUCGUUUUAGGAAACCUUCCCCUGAAGCAAGUCAUAUUAUUCAUAUGGAGAGACCAGACUUGUAUCUGGGGUGCUAUAUCAAUCAUACUCAUCCCCAUUUCUACAAUCAAAGUGCAGGUGUAAGUAACAAUAUAUGUGGGGGAUGUGAGACUGGGAAGGGGGGGAACUCUGGGUUCAUUAAAUGGAGCCCAAGUCACAUACAUGAAAGAAGCCUGCAUGCCCGCCCACUAUGCGUGAACUCCUGGCUCCCUACCAUAUCUCUGGGGAGGCAGGAAUUAAAUCCAGAAAUAAAUACUGCACUCAGCUACAAAACACUUUUACCAGGGCAGAAACGACAACUUAAUUAGAACCAGGAACUAUUUGGCCCCUCCCCCCCCCCACUGAGUAGUAACACAGCGUAUUGCAUCCCCACUGCCUCAAUAUAUUGACGAAGCCAAUUAAGAGUCCAAAUGGUCCCCCAACACCAGUCGCCUUGUUCCAAACAGGGUACACUUCAGCUGGGAACUGGUACCUGGGGAUGAUGCAAGCUUGAAGGGGUGAAUCCCAGUCUCGACUGUGUUGCCUGACAGGCAUCUCCAUGAACCCCAUGCUGGUCAGGACUCCUGGGUCUGCACCUUCAGCCCAGCUACAUCCUCACUCCUAGGUUGAUCCCCUAGGCCUGAGUCAGGCUAUGUUUGGCCCUACUCCCUCCAGCAGCAACAUGUGAUCACACCUCCAUCCCCUCUACACCCCCAUCUCUGUGUCAGCCAAUUGGCUCACAGCUAGUCACAGGCCACCUGGUUAAUCUCUUGUCUCCACUUGGGCAGUGUGGAGCUCCUGCUCUGGAGUGGCAUUCCUGUUCUCCAAUGGGGAGAGGGGCAGGCUGGCUGGCUGGCAACAAGGGGUGGGAUUUCCUUCUAGUCCUCUAGCCCAGUGGUUCUCAACCAGGGGUACAUGUAGGGGUACAUCAACUCAUCUAGAUAUUGGCCUAGUUUUACAACAGGCUACAUAAAAAGCACUAGCAAAGUCUGUAUAAUCUAAAAUUUCAUACAAUGACUUGUUUAUGGACACUUUUCAAAGAUACCAUAAUAGAGGCUCAACUUAAAUGUACACAC